AUGGAAGCAGUGGACGGAGAGAAGACCGCUCGCCCUCACCACCACACCACACCAUCACCAUCACCAUUUCUAUUCACAUCUCUUUAUUUAACCCCAAUUUCCAUCUUCCAAUCUCGCAAUUUGAAUCAAACAAACUGGCCAGCUCUCAGCUCCGCCGCCAUUACCGGACUCGACGGCACCGUUUGGGCCCAGAGCGCCAAGUUUCCUCAGUUUAAACCCGAGGAGAUGAAAGCCAUUUGUAAUGAAUUUGAUAACGCAGGCACCCUUGCCCCAACAGGUCUAUUCCUUGGAGGUGCAAAGUACAUGGUACUCCAAGGAGAGGCUGGAGCUGUCAUCCGUGGAAAGAAGGGAGCGGGUGGAAUAUGCAUCAAGAAGACUGGUCAAGCCAUGGUGUUUGGACUGUAUGAUGAGCCUGUGAAUCCCGGACAAUGCAACAUGGUUGUGGAGAGGUUGGGGGAUUAUCUUGUUGACCAGGGCAUGUAAACAAACCACAUUCGCCUUCUCUUCUUUAUUCAAUAAUUAUAUGGCGUGAAACACUUUUCUUUCGGUUUCUUUGAAAGAAUGUGAAUUAGUUUUGAAUUUUUGAUCUCCGAUUCCUUGUUAUAAAACAAAUUAUAUGUGUAUUUCAUUGUAUCACACUCUCAAUAAGUUUGAUGUCAUUUCAAAAUUUUGCAUUUUGUAUUUUCUGUGAUUUUGUUUUGAAUAUGUGUUAGAAAAUUGUAAGUAUGUUGCUAUUAUAGGUAACCAGUGAUUUAAAGAAAAGUUUAUUGU